AUAUUUUUAAGUUAUAAAAAUGAAUACACAAGAUAAUCCACAGAAUUCGCAACCCAAGACUGAUCCCUUAAUAUAUCACCAUCCACAAGUAGAUGAGUCAUUCCUCCAUGGGCCCUCGAAACUAGACGAAGUGUUUGAAUGUUUGGAUAACAUCAUGAACGCCAAUAAGACGGAUUCAUCAAAGGAGACAAAAAAGACAUCCUUUUCUAGUGCAGCCUCCAAUGUCACGGAUACUAACUUCUUAGUUUGCAGCAAGCCCAUCAUUUGCCGCUCUUCUGUGAGGCGGUCCAAGCCUAAGAAAGUUCCGCUAAACACAAACCAAUUCACAUUCAUGCGGCAGAUCGAUUGCGAUCCGGAGGACCGAAUCCUAGCCAGAGAACAGCGAGAGGUGACGGCCGAAACGUUUCGCAGGAUGGGUAACUUUGAGUAUCGCAAAAUGAGAUUCGAUUCGGCCGUGGCCUUCUACACAAAAGGCCUGGAGUACAUAAAGGAUACUCCUGUGUUGUAUGUUAAUCGAGCCAUAUGCUACAUAAAAAUGCGUGAAUUUAAGCGAAGCAUUAUGGACUGUGACUAUGUAAUCAACCACAUAGAUGAACAAUACCUAAGGGCUUGGUUGUAUCGGGCAGCUGCAUAUAAGCGUCUAAAUGAUGAACCGAACUUUGAGGCUAGUAUUUACCAGGCCAAGAGGGAGAACUACACAGAACAUGAAUACAUCGAUGAUUUUGUAGACAAAAUGCGCUCUUUACUCUAGUAAUCGAAAUUUAAAAUGAAGUUUGAAACAAUAAAGUAUCCCUUAAGGGCUUAAUUAA